ACGAGACACCGUCUGAUGGGGUUUCUUAUGUGUGACUACAAUGGAAAAACGUCUACCUCAACUUGAAAGCGCGUUACCUUAUCCCCGGAAUGGGAUAUAUCUGGCAACAUUGUUCCAUGGUGAUGGCACGGUAUAUCCCUCCCGUGACUGGAGUCAUGCUCAUGUUAAGCCAGAAAUAUUUAUCGGGGACUCACCGGGACACUGGGGCAGCAGCUUCAAUAAGAAGUGAAGUGCAACAAUAUUUGAGAAAUAUAAUUUUACGAAGCAGAGAUAACAGAGGAAUACCGAACCAAAGAUGAAUACUAUUGUGUUUAACAAAUUGAGUAACCAGGUCCUCUUCGAUGAGAAGGCGAAGGAGGUCGAGAGGAGCAGCAUCAAUUAUUUAGAGGUAAUAGAUGGACAGCAUCCGGACCUUCAUCCAGACCUGCUAUCAAGCAAUCAUCAAGUUAUCAAAGACAACGGCAUCAGACACAGGAGGCCUACAGUCUGCGACCUUGACAACUCCGUUAUGAAAACAAAAUCAGAAAAGGGCCGUCAGAACAGCGGGAAGGUGCGGCACAAGCGUCAGGCCCUUCAGGACAUGGCGCGGCCCCUGAAGCAGUGGCUCUACAAACACAGGGACAAUCCGUACCCGACUAAAACGGAGAAAAUCCUGCUAGCCCUUGGCUCUCAAAUGACGUUGGUCCAGGUCUCUAACUGGUUUGCCAACGCUAGAAGGAGGCUGAAGAACACAGUGAGACAGCCAGACCUGAGCUGGGCCCUGCGCAUCAAACUCUACAACAAAUACGUCCAAGGCAACGCAGAGAGGCUGAGUGUCAGCAGCGAUGACACCUGCUCAGAAGAUGGGGACAACACUCAGCGGAUGCAGACGAGUGGCGUUGAGUUUAGCAAGCCCAUGUACCAGAGCGUCAUCAAGAAAGAGGGCGCAGCCAUGAUGGGGGUGGGGCUCCGGGCUGCCGCCGCUGCCUCAUUGGCCGAGGACUAUGUGACUCCGCCUCCCAAGUACAAGAGUAGCUUGCUCCACCGUUACCUCAACGAUUCGCUGCGACACGUGAUGGUAGCCAACGCCGUCAUGGAUGCCAGGAAGAGGAACCACUCAGGAUCCUUCAGCUCCAAUGAGUACGACGAUGAUCUCCUCUCCCCGUCAUCCUCAGAAACCGAGGCAAACUUUGUUUAUCGAGCUGAAACCAUGGAUCAUGGAUCAAGUAAAUGUGACAAGGGUGGCGUUCUGAAGGAGAAGGUACGGGGCAAAGACGAGACGUACUGGAAAGAGAUCAACGCAGCCAUGGCCUUGACUAACCUGGCGCAGGGAAAGGACAGCAAUGCAUCAGGGACGACGAGCUGCAUCAUCCAGAAGUCCUCUCAUAUAUCAGAAGUAAAGACUGUCAAAGUGCCUCUGGUGCAGAAGUACUAGCGCCUAUCACCAGAGUCGUCUGCCUCCAACUUAUCUUCCCUUCCACUCUCUAUGCAACACCAACAUUCCCUUUGAAAACUCACUCUGAAGAGUCAGUCAAAAAAAAAACGAAACAAGUAACAAGUACUCUCUUCUUUGGUUCUGUUUGGUUUAAGUCAGUAUAAAUGCAACAGAACUUAAGACAACCUAUUUUGUGUGUCGGUCAAUGUGUUUUUAUUUUAUUUUUUAAAACCUGCAGUACAUGCAUUAGACAAGUGUUGAUAUGAUCAUCUUUAACUGCAUUAUUCUGUUCUCAACGAGACACUUUUGUAAUGUUAACUUAUUCGCUUUUUUAUACUCCGAAAUUUGUAUUGUACUUUUGCCAAAGUGCCUUUUGGAAGCAGAGCAACACACCCUGUGUGGUAAAUAAUGUACAGACAGAGUGUCUCUGGGAACAUAAAGGACUAUUUGAAGUGGCUAGGUGAGUGAAGUAGAAAUAUAUGGUCAUAUAAGCUUCUUCUGAAGCGGUCCCUUUCUCCCUGAUAUGUGCCUUAGAACUUGGAUGAAUUUAGCUCAUCAUCGAGGCACAGCUGUUAAAUAACAUCUGAACUGAUCUAAUUUAUCAAGACACACCAUGUUAAGCCACAUCUCCCUGAUGGCAUUGUGUAUGUUUUGUCUGAGUCCUCAUUAUGACUGUAAAUUGAACACUGUUAUGUCUCAGACAGAAUACAACAGACCUGCCAACAAUAAUUGUGAAUAUAUAUAAAGUUCACUCCAGUGCAGCAAAACACACUAACACUGACAUGAAGGUUAGAAUCGAUAGGAUAGCAGCAGAUACACUGUUCUGUUGAUAGUCACCACCACCAUCAUAUUUUCCAUAGGGAUUUUAUUUUCCAACGUGGAAGUAUUCUUAUCAAGGCUUUAGCCUGGAAAGCCCAAGCAAAUGUUGAACUAGCACCAUCAUACAGGCACGCUCACGUGCACAUACACACGCAGGCAGGCGCACACAGUCACACGCACACACACACCUGGUCGAAUGUUUGGUCGGCAAAGUGCUGUUGAAACGAAGUGUGGCAUGAACUAAAAGGGAUGCUUUUGUUUCUGUUAUCAGUGUUGUAUUAUAUGAACUACAGUGUCGCUGCCUUCUCUUCUCACAUGUUUCCGUUCAGAACAAGGUACUUCAACAGUGGAAAAAAAGA